AUGCAUGAAGCCCUCCAAGACUCCACCAUCCAAAGCUCCCUUCAGAUCGGCCAGAUGGUUCGGGAUUUCGUUUAUGAGUCCCUCAACUUCGAAUCCGGCCCAGAUGUAGGCGUGAUUCUGGCUAUUAUCAGCUCCGCCUUUGGAACAAUUGGCGGCCUUGCCUCUCCCAUAAGGGGUGUAGCCGGCCUCUUUGGCACCUUUGGCUUAACAGUGACAAACAUGGUCGGGGCAACGCGCCUUGAGGAUGAGGAGCCAGAUACAGAGUCAGUGACUGUGGGUGUUGCGAUUAGGUUGGCUCAGGUCUUUGGGUUCUUCACAGAGGCAAUUGAGGAUAUGCGUCUUACAAUCUUUAACGGUGAGGAGAAGCCCAAUGGUAAGAGCUUGACCUUUCAUGAUAUUGGGCCGAUUGCAUCGUUUGGGGAGAAUGAGAACACUAAUGGUAUUGGGAUUGAUCUUGAUGCUAACCCUGAUGUGUUACCGCCUCCCCGGUGGCGCAGUUCUUUGGGGGUGGGAGGUGGUUGUUGGAUGAGGAGGUUGGGCAGACGGAGCUUAACCAGCGGUUUUGGGAGGUUCUUGAAAAAGUCCCUCAUCUCUGGUCUUUUAGAAGAUAUCAGGGCCUUCAUCAUGCGCGACUCCUCCAGCGAAGGCCGAGACCGCUGGUGCAACAAGGCCGGUGCUCUUGAUAUCGACGGUGAAUGCUGGUUUAUUCUCCGGGUUGACCCUAAGGAUCUAUACCUCACCCGCGAGAUUGAAGAUACAGCUAUGAACUCGUUUGCUAACUACGAUAUCAAUAUUGAACACGUCUACCGCAACGCUAUUGCCUGCCAGGAUAAGCUGGGUGAUGGCCAGUUUGAUGAGUGGAACUCAGUCUUCAACAACAUGGGGACUGAUUUUCUUCAGGCCCCGCCAAUGGAUGAGAAUGGGUAUCCUGAAUGA